CGUCGACAAAUCACUGCACAAGAAAAAGAAUUAACUAAUUGUUAUUGUCUUCCCCUCUGUAGCCAAUAGAUUCAUCAUUAUAAAGUGGCCCUCACGACACCCCUAGCGGUAUAUUACGAGAUCCUAUUCCGAAAGAUUAAUUCAGUUUCCACGUGACCGGCACACAAUGGACUUCGAGUGGUUUACACAGUGCAUAUUCGAUUAGCAUCUACCGUCGGAUCAACAGCUGAAGACUGGAAUAUCACCUGACAGUUUUCGGCAAUACGCAGGUUGGAUGUGGAGCAUGCACUGCAAGAGUGGAAACAUAUGAAAAAUCCGACAUCUAUCCACUAUUGUGACUUCUAUACUGGAGAGCAUGAUAAGGAAUAUCAGAUUGCCACUCUUGGCUGCUCUUUGUCUAUUCCACUCGAGAUGUUCGUCGUCUACGCUACAGUUCUCGCAGUCAUCUGAUCGACAUCUUGCUCUGUACCAUGCUCCAGCCCCAUAUCAAGAAGCUGGCAGAGCACGUCUCAGUUCUGUAAUUAUCACAUCAAGGCCAUUCUCGAUUGGAGAUCAACUGAACAGCACUACAAGAUCCAACGCCAAUAUUCCAAGUAUGUCCGACCUACAGUGGCGUCGAGAGUUCAUCACAUCGUCGCAUCCUCCAACCACUUCCACUACCACAGUCUAUCCGCGGUCGUCCGCCCAUAUCCCUCAUUAUUCAAUUGAUUGUUCUAAUGGAAAGAGUUGCAGUGAAACGAUCAACAUAAAUUCGACAACUCCCCCCACUUUCAAACCUUAUUCACAAGAAGUUUUGGAGAAAUUUCUCAAUGACUAUGCUGUUUCUAAAUUAAAUUCCACUAAGCAGUACUCAAAGAACGAAACACCACCGUCUUAUGUAACGUUUGACAGUAGUGACAAUAGAAGCUUUAGUGAGGACAAGAGUAAAGAUCUGACUGCGUUUGAACCUACAGCAGAACCAACUAAUCGAUUAGCAAACUUGUAUCUUGAUGAUGAGAACGAGCCGGAUUCUGUAUCGAUUGACGGCAAAUCCAAGCCUCACUGGAGCCUGGUACAAGCCCAACAUCACAAUCAUCCAUAUGACGACCGUGAUGGAUGGGUAACCCUGGAAGCAAUUCCGUGGUCUUCCAGCAAAAUUUCAAAAUGGCAAUCAUCAAAUAUAAGCAACAAGCGUCCCCACUGGGAGAGCCGACCUCAAGCACAAGACUGGAAUUCCGACAAGCCUUCGAAGCCGUGGGAAAGACCACAGCAUGGUGAGAGGCCAACGGACUGGAAAUAUGAGAAGCCAUCAAAGCCACAGUACCUGGUGAGUAACCGACCAACAGAUGACAGCUGGUCACAAGAAUCGGUCCAUAAACCAGUACUUCACUUGGAACGACCUGUAGGCGAUUACAAUUACAAACCAACCCAUGGGCAUCACCAACAAUGGAUAACUUCAAGUCAUCCUGAUAUUAUCACUGAGGGAACACCUGAAAACUGGCCAGUUCCUAUACAUAGACCGGGAGGAACUGGAAACUUUAAGCCAUGGCCAUAUCAAGAAACAGAUUUUGCUCACCAUCAGCAUCAGUAUGAUGACAAUUAUAAACAUGAGGUAACCCGCAGACCUCCAACUCCUGUCGUCUAUCACGACGGUGGACUACCGCAGAAUUAUCCUGAGAGUGGGGAAGGUGAGUGGGUGCUGCUGUCCAGCACUAAAGGGUAUUCCAAGCCUAUUCGCCAUCACUCAUACCAAAGAGCCCUCACACUGAACCCAAGACCUAUCACUGCAACUCGUAGUGUCAGACUGACAGUUCUCCCUGCCCUAAAUGGCACAGCGAACACAACAACUUCGCAUGGUGGCUUGCUGGAGGUGGAGAGCACAUUCCAGACUGUUGAUGAAGCCCAGAGAGACGACGCCAAUAAGAGAAUAGAGAACGACACUAAACCAGUACCGGUAAGGCUCAUCUCUACGCCAGUUAAGCCAAAAGGAAAUGGAAAAGCAGUCCUAGCUGCUGUGGGAGCUGGCAUGCUCCCAGCCACGAUGGCACUUCUCGUGCCAAUGUUGCUGGGACGGAAGAAAAGAAGCACUCUGGCACCAAAUAUGAACUUAACCGCGACAAUGCCAGCCAUUCUGGAUUACGCUUCUCCGAAGUUGAAUAACAGAAAGGAAAAUGCGAAGAAAUGGGAAAUAAAUAAUAGAGUUGUAACGAGUAAGGAAGCUGUGCGAAAAGGAGAAGUUUAAACGUUUUAAUUUGAAAGCAAUAAGUCUUUACAUUGUGAUAGCAUUGACGAAAUUUUCUGUACAUCACAGUUGUGCAGAUAUCACAAAUCAGAAGUCUCUUAUGAAGGAAACAGAGAUAUCAAGCGUGUUUUGGAACAGUAGCAUUCUUGAUAAUAAUAAUAGGUUGACAGCAUCAAUAUUUGCAGUUAUUGGAGCUGAAUUUUAAUUUAUGGAAUUUGUUUACACUUUUUCCAGUGUUCCUAUACAAGAUGUGGUACAAUUGUUGUUUCCUGCACUUUCAUAGUUUCGCUAAAUCCGGAAAUAGAGUUUUAUAUUUAUAUGUUACUUUUUGUUAGUAUUUUUACGAAACUCUAAUUUUAAAGAAAGUGUCAGUACCUUGAAAUUUCUCUUGUUCUUGGAACACAGGCAUAUGUGGUCACAGUGGAAAUUUCUGUCAUAUGUAAACAAGUUCAAUUGUAGCUGUGUGAAAAUUAAAGAAUUUUGUAGACAUAAGGUCGUGAUAUCCUCUCUAGAGGACGAAGAAAUGUAAUUCUCUAUUGAAUUUUAAUUAUGCUAGACUCAGUCAUGUGCACGAUGCGGAACGCGUGAAGUCCCUACAUUACCAGAUUAUUUUUUUGUCAAUGUCCUUCUACGUUUAAAGCUGUGAUGAAGAAUUUUACCAUAAAAAAGCUCGUCUUCACUUAUAGAUGGAGAAAAUUACUUGUUAAUUACUUGGUAUGAAUCACGAUUUUAUUAAUGUACCUGUUAAUUAACCAAAUCCGUGGAACUAAGUUUUCCAACCAAUAAAUACUCAACCACUGAAGAAAGUCUCUGCAUUUUAUGGAACACGGAGUUUCAUUUCCCUGGUCACAACAGACCGCCGCUGAUCCCUAUUCUGAGCAGGACGGGUACAGACUACAACAUUCUACUCCUUUUAGGUUAAUUUUAAUAUUAUUCUCCCAUUUCCUUGUAGAGUCUUUACAAUCAUCUCUUUCCUUCUGGUUUCCCCACAAAAACUUUAUAUACACUUCUCUUUUCUUCUCUUUCUUACUUUC